AUGGAUACUUUGAAAUCCAUGAUAUUUACUUCAUUUACAUCCUCUUCUUCUUCCUCCUUCUCUGAUGAGGAGUCUGAUGAUGAAUAUAUGAUCACACUUUUAGCAGCUUAUGAGCAGAAUACCAGUAGUAUGCUUCAGAUUCUUAAGUCAAGUGAUAGCUCAAAGAAAAUAGGGGGUUCUGUUGUAGGUCACAAGUAUAUACGCAGAGAUAGAAGGCAAGGUCACGAUAGAUUGUUUGCAGAUUAUUUUGCUGCAAAUCCAGUGUAUUCAGCUACAAUAUUUCGGAGAUGUUUUCGAAUGCGUCGUCCUUUGUAUUUGCGAAUUUUGAAUGCAAUCGAAGCACACAAUUCAUAUUUUAUUCAAAAACAAGAUGCAGCUCAUGUAGUUGGAUUAUCUGCCCUACAAAAAAUGACUUCAGCGAUGAGAAUAUUAUCAUACGGUGUCGCAGCAGAUGCAAUUGAUGAUUACAUACGUAUUGGGAAAAGCACUGCGAUUCAAAGUUUGCAACAAUUUUGUUAUUCAGUGAUUGAAAUCUUUGGAGUAGAAUAUCUGAGAUCUCCGACACCAACUGACAUUGCUAGGUUACUUGCUAUUGGCGAGGUUCAGGGGUUUCCAGGUAAGGCUCCCCCUGUCCACUACACUGUUAAUGGACAUAGUUACGAUAUGGGUUAUUACCUUGCUGAUGGUAUAUACCCGCAAUGGGCAACACUGGUUCAAACAAUUUCUUCUCCCCAAGGAGCAAAGAGACAACAUUUUGCAAUGAUGCAAGAGUCUGCCAGGAAAGAUGUAGAGCGGGCAUUCGGAGUCCUCCAAUCUCGAUUCGCAAUUAUAGGUGGUGCUGUACGUUUUUGGGAUCCAAAAAUGCUUGCCAACAUAAUGAAGACUUGCAUUAUAUUACACAAUAUGAUUGUUGAAGAUGAGAGGGAGGAGCACCUUGAUUUUGAUUAUGAAAUUUCAUCUACCAACACACCAGUGCAACUUUCCUCUACUCCGACCAAUGACUUUGAAUCAUUUUUGUCUCGUCAUUUAGGUAUUAGGGAUAAAAAUGCAUAUCAUGCCCUCCGUAAUGAUUUAAUAGAACAUAUGUGGCAUCUUCGCGGUGAAAACUAG